AUGACAGACCAUGUGGAUGUCCCCGACACAAAGAAGGCCUUCGUGCCCCUCGGUACACACCCCUCCCAAAAGCAUCAAGUCGAAUUACUCAGUAUACUAACAUCCCCUCCCCCUUCCCCAGAAAACAACCCAGAAGUCAUGUCCCACCUCGUUCACCAACUAGGUCUACCCCCCACCCUCGGCUUCAUCGACGUCUACUCCAUCGACGAACCAGAUCUCCUCGCCUUCGUCCCGCGACCCUCCCACGCCCUCCUCCUCGUCUUCCCCGUCUCCCCCACCUACGAAGCCUCCCGCAUCGCCGAAGAUAAACCCCUACCCGAAUACACAGGCUCCGGACCCACAGAGCCCGUCAUGUGGUUCAAGCAGACGAUCCGCAACGCCUGCGGGCUCAUCGGCCUCCUGCACGCCGUCGCCAACGGCGAGCCGCGCAAGCACAUCACCCCAGGCUCGGACCUAGACUCGCUGCUGCGGGAGGCGGAGCCGCUGGCGCCCGUCGCGAGAGCGGAUCUGCUGUAUGAGAGCAAGGCGUUGGAGAGCGCGCAUGCGGAUGCGGCGCGGCUGGGGGACACGGCGGCGCCGCAGGCGGAGGAUAAUGUCGACCUACACUUUGUGGCGUUUGUGAAGGGGGCGGAUGGGCGGUUGUGGGAGCUAGAUGGGCGGAGGAAGGGGCCCUUGGAGAGGGGGGUGUUGGCGGCGGAUGAGGAUGCGUUGAGUGAGAAGGCGUUGGAUUUGGGGGUUAGGAGGUUCUUGAAGACGGAGGCUGCCGGAGGGAAUCCGGAUUUGAGGUUUAGUUUGGUCAGUCUGGGGCCUUCGUUUGAGUAG